AUGGCAACGUCAAAAGUGUCGUUAUUUGCCCAAAGGUUUUAUAGUGCUACAAAUAAUCAUCUCAAAAUCAACAGGAAUACUAAAGUAAGUUGUGUGAAAGUUUAGAAAAUCAUGUUAAAUAUAUUUCUUCUACCUCAUUAUUCAUAUACAUUACCUUACCAUACAUUACAUUAAAAAUUUCAAAAAAAUUUUUUUUUUAAAUUUUUAAACUUUUACGUCAAAACCUCAAACUAAGACUUAAUUGGCAAUUACUGCGCUAAUUAAAACUAAAGUUUAAAUUUAAAAUUUAGGUGAUAAUUCAAGGCUUUACUGGCCGUCAAGGUACGUUCCAUGGAAUGCAAAUGAUUGAAUAUGGCACAAACGUGGUCGGUGGAGUAUCACCAAAAAAAGCCGGUGAUCAACAUUUGGGAAAGCCUGUUUUUAGGGAUGUUAAGGUAAGUUUUUUAAUUUUGUGGGCUUUUACUUGGUAGUACGUACUGUAUUGUCUUAUUAUCGAAGGUUUAGCAAUUGCCCAUACUUAUAUUUUACUAAACAGUGAAAACGUUAUGUUUUAAAAUACGCAACAGAUCUUUAUUCCUUAAUUUAUGCUAUAAACUCUCAACUUUUCAGUAUAAGGUAUAGAUAACAAAAUUUCAUUAUAAAGUACUAAAGCAGGAUGUUAAAGUAUUAAAAAAUAUAUUCAAAGAUUUUCUGUAUAAAAUAAAUUUUGUGAAUGUUUACAAGUUCAAAAAACUUCAUAAACAUUGUCACACACGGACGUAAUUGCAGGAAGCGAGAGAAAAGACAGGAGCCGACGCUUCGGUGAUUUACGUGCCAGCUCCGUUCGCCGCAGCCGCAAUUAACGAGGCCAUAGAUGCGGAGAUACCUUUGGUCGUUUGUAUUACUGAAGGCAUUCCCCAGUUGGUAAGAUCAGCUUAGGAUUAUUUUUAGGUUGAAAUUUACUUUUUAAGCCUUAAAUUAAUUUUUAAGCCUGUAAUUUAAUUUUGAAGUCUAAUUUUUGAUUUUAAGCCUAAUUUCCACUUUAAGCAAACCUUAAACUCAUGCCUUUCAGGACAUGGUCAGAGUCAAAUCACGUCUCCUAAAACAGAACAAAACUCGAUUAUUAGGCCCGAACUGCCCAGGUGUGAUCAAACCAGGCGAAUGUAAAAUGGGAAUUAUGCCUGGAGACAUUCACAAACCCGGCUACAUCGGUAUUGUAUCAAGGUCUGGCACCCUGACUUAUGAAGCUGUACAACAAACAACAGAUGUUGGACUGGGUCAAACAUUAUGUGUCGGUAUUGGAGGUGAUCCAUUUAAUGGAACUGACUUUGUGGACUGUUUGAAGGUGGGUUUUGGAGCCACGAAUUUUUGAAAGAAAAGGCAAAAUUUUAAGUUUUAGGAAAAAAAAGUACUACAAUUUUAAAUCUUGGUCUUUAUGUUACCUACCCAGCUAGCAAAAAUUUAAAAACCUCAUUUUAGGUAUUCCUCGAAGACCCCCAGACCAAAGGAAUCGUGAUGAUUGGCGAAAUCGGCGGCCAAGCCGAAGAAGACGCGGCCGACUUCCUAAAACAACAUAAUUCUGGAGAAGAUGCCAAGCCCGUAGUCACAUUUAUUGCUGGUAUGACAGCACCACCUGGCAGACGAAUGGGACAUGCUGGUGCCAUUAUAUCCGGGGGCAAAGGUGGAGCCAAAGAGAAAGUUGAAGCACUGAAGGAAGCUGGUUGUUCAGUAGUGGCGUCACCUGCCCUUUUGGGUGUGGAAAUGGCCAAAUGCCUAGUUCAUCAUCAUGUCAGAAGGUCUUCUACUUUAUAG